CCCCGGGCAAUAGGAGAUUAUGGGGCCCCUGUGUCCUUGCCCAAACUCAAAAAAGCCUAUGAAAAAGGUACCAGGGGCAUCUCAUGGGGCCCCCUACUGACCCCAGGCCCUCGGGCAGUGCCCAAGUUUCCAAAUGGUCAGUCAAGCCCUGGUUGCAACUUUGUCAUUUGGGCUUCUAGCUGGUUUGAUCUCCUCCAAAAUCAAUCCUUUAGUUCUAUGGGCUGUCUACAGCACACAUACAAUCCUUCUGAACUGAUGAAAUAGGACAAAACAGAUAAUGGAUUCAAAUUGUACCAUUUUAUAACUCUUUAUUUUGUUUAUGGUAUUUUU